GGGAGGAGGGGGCGGGGGUGUAUGGACCUCACUGCUACGGGACCUACAGGCACCCCGAUUGUGCUCCGCUUCUCAUCAUCAUUUUUUGGAGGUGAGGACAAAAGAAAAAAAAAGGGGGGAUCGGAGGGAAGAAAGGCCCGGGAUCUGAGCGUCGUGACGGGCCCCCCCCCGACUUCGCCGCCGCUGGCCGGGGCUGUCCGGACCGAAGAGGGUGAAGGGAGAGCGGCGGAGGAGUCGACUCGAGGCUGGGGUUUCCUGCUCCUUUCAGUCCUUCGAGGGGCCUUGUGUUGCUUCGUUUUCAGACCCGCGAAGGCGUCUGGACAGCGUCUCCUGGAAAAAGUGCUUAUCUGCCUGGAAAUACUGAAGAAAAAACUGAAAACAGGAGCUUUAAUUGACUGAACUUGAAGUGGACUAAAAGGAUUACCCUCCUUUUGGAAAAUUGUUGCCAUGGAACUAGGUAGAAUUAAAUGAUGGUAGAGGGAAAAACACGAAGGUAAGGACAGCAGCACGCUGAAGAUACAGGAAGGCACCGAGAAGAAUCCCAACACAUUUACUAAACAGGGACCAAAGACUUUUACAGUCCUGAUGAAUGCAUGUAGCAGAAAAGUAGAAAGAAAGCAGUAUUUGAAAGGGAAUGACCAAGAAAAAGGACAUCUUGAAAAAUAUUACACUCUGCAUCCAAGAGCUGAUGAGAAUAUCAAUGGAGUGUUUUCCUCUGGGAGUGUUUAGUGAGGGUCGGUAUUCUGACCUGUAUUCAGUUUUUGUCUCACCCAGGUGUGAGUCCAGUCCUGGCAAACAUACGGAGGAACUGAAGGAUUGUUGUGACCAAACCCAGUCUCAAUGGUUUUAUUGAGAUUUCUUUUUUUUUUUUUUUUGCACACGAUGCUAGUGGAUUGCAACAUAAUUAAAUCCUAACAUACAGAAGAAGCUUGCUCGAGCUGUUGUUGAAGCAGAGAUGACUGUAUACCUGUAAAGACUUCUCAAGUUGAACAUUUCACACGGUGAUGCUUCAGUCGUCUGUGAUAUCUUAGCCUGCUCAGUGCCAAAACUGUUUCAGCUUCAUUGAAAGGACAUCACACUUUUAAUAUUGUAUUUUUCUGCAGAAGAAACCUGCGCCAAUACAUCUUUUUUCUUUUUAAGAAUCACAUUUUUUUUAGGUGAAACUUUAAAAAGAAAACACAUCAUCACAUGAAAGAUUUUUUACCAUUUGGCCUUUUCAUAUACUGCUAAAAUCACCAUCAGCUAAACCUCUCUUCCCUACUUUCCUCUCCUAACAAAGUGAUCACAUCCUCUGUGAUACAUAUUCCCCAGCUUGAAUCUGUCUUGGAUUUUGAAAGCAUUUCCCUGCUUCACUGCCAGGCUCUCAUAGACUCUCUCUUUGUCAUUUAUGGUUACUGCUAUAAGCCAGGUUUUUGAUCAGAAGCAUUCCCUACAAUAGACACUGACAGAUAUUUCCAUUUUUGAUCCAAACUUGGAAAAAACAAUGCAGAAUUUUUCAAACAGCCCGGCUCCACCCUCUCUGCUCCCGGGGUUUAGUGGGAGGGGUGGAGGGGGACCUCUGUAUCCCCCUCAGCCAGCAGAGCCUCAGAUCUCUCCAAGGAUGACAGAUGAUUAUGCAGGGAUGCAACAGCAGAGCCUGCACAGAGGCCAUCACCUCCCCGGUCAAGCCAGCCACAUGCUCGCUUACAGCGCUCGAAACAGAGGAGCUGUGGAGGCAGCACCGUCACAGGGGGGCAUUCACAGCGGCAACACUAACAACCCCUACAGGAAGGACGUCAUGGAUUAUUAUUUUUCAAUGGGGGGAAAGGACAGACACAGAAGAGGGGGCAUGGGCUAUGGCGCAGGCUUUGGGUACCCUAAUCUGGAUGGACAUAUACCUCAUCAAUACCGACAUGCUGGAUCUGGCUCUGCACCAACAUCUGGCAUGAUGUCAUAUCCAGCGGACUUCAGCUCCAGUGCCGGUUCAGGUGGAGGGGCUGGUGCUGGAGCGUUCUCUCCGUCUCAUCAGUACACUAUGAGUCAGAACCCUGCAAUGCAGUCGGUGCCGGGUUCUCAGAUGCAGCACCGCCAGCACAGCCAAACCUUCCCCGCUGUCCACCACGGGCAACAGCAGAGAAGCUAUCCACACUCCGGGCACAGAAUGACCCCCCAGUACCCACACUACUCCCCACAGGGUGGUGCAUCCACUGGGUCGUCAGGAAUGUACAGCCCCCCUCCACAAAGAUAUCUGGAUGGGGCUGCCGGCACUGGGUUCGAUCCCAAAGUCAACAGCUCUCCCAGUGUCAACUCCAGUUCAAACUCAGUCUCCAGUUCAGUUGCUGCUAACAAUGUGGGGCAAAUGGAGAAUGUUCAACAGGGUUACCAUGCUGCAAAUUAUCCCGGAUAUCCCCCACAGACACACUCACUCCACAAGCAAGCUACACUCCAGCACCGUAACUCACAGCACAAUUUAGGGGUAGGUUAUGACAACUCUCUCAAGAUGCAGCACCAGGGCCCGUCUCCAGGCUCUGCUUAUGCUAAACAUCACCAAGCCUCCAAUCCUAGUAUACCUCAAGCAGCAUCUCAAGAAAUAGCCAAAUCCCCGAUGCACCCCAAUACUCAACAGACCCAAAUCAACCAAAACUUUAGCCCCAUAUCCAACCCCUCUCCUGCUGCUUCUGCAGUGCAUUCCCCCAGUUGUAGCUCCUCUCCUUCCCCUCUUAUGGGGGUCUCAGAGUCACAUGGAAACCCCUUGGGUCAUGGUCCUUCACACCCACUGACAUCAAACCCUCGUAGCAGCCAUGGUCAGGGUAGAUUACUGCAGACCAUGCCUCAAUUAAGUCCCACGCCCAAUUCAAAUAGCAGCAUCAGUAGUUGUGGUAGCAGUGGCAGUCAUAAAGCUCACAGCAUGAGUGCAGUUGGAGGGAGCAGUCUUCCUCCAAUAGGUCGAAACAAAAUGGGUCUAGGCCCAGGGUUUGGGUCUCGAGAGGAGGGCCCUUCCAUAUAUUCAGCUUCUGUGCUUGAUAAAAUGCAGGACUCCAGCCUGAAUAGUCUUAAUGCCUUGACAUCACAAGUAGCCAAUUUACCAAACACAGUGCAGCACAUGCUCCUCACUGACACCGUGCUUUCACAGAAGAAGGGGAAAGAUGGGGGGCAGAUGCAACAGGCAUUACAUGGCUUGCCCCCAUCACAACCAAGGAGUAGAAAUGCGAGUGCAGCCUCCAGUACAAGCACAGUUAAAGAUGGAUGUGCUGUGAUGAUUGGUGAUGGUGCUGGCUUAGACGCUGGUGGCGAUGAAGACUCCUCGCUGAUAUCAGUGGGAGCUUCAUCAGGGACUAAGAGGGAGCGUGAGGAGGGGUUUUCUGAGGGGGAACAUAGGAGAGUAAGGCAGAUGAGUGGUGCAAGCAGUGGAUCUGAAACAACUGGCUUUCCAACUCAAACACAAAUAGGACAGAAUGUUAAAACUGUCACCUCUGAUUCAUUGUCAAAAGAAUCAAAAGUUUGUGAAACUAAAAGAAAUGAAGCUCAUGUUCCCUCUUCAUUAUCUCCAUCAGAGACUGGAUUAAUGUCACAUUCAGCACCCCCAGUUCCCUCCUCCCCUUCAUCCACCUCCUCCAGUAUUGCUCCUCCACAGCCAAACUGUGUUUCAGAGCCUGGUUUAACAUAUAGCGAACACAGAGGAGGCAAUGUUAAGACAAAAGAAAUUAAAAACGAAGUAAUUAAAAGUGAAAGCGAAGGUGCAGCUGGGAAAACAGAGAAAGGCAGCAGUCAAAUGCAACAAGAUGGAGAAGUAAGAACACAAAAUGGUCAAGCCAAAGAAAAUAGGUUGCACGCUGCCUCCAGAUUACACAAUAAUGAAGAAAAGCUUACAUCUGAGGAACAGCAGAGUGUCAGUGGUGUCGGAGUGAUUGUUUCAGCCCGGUCUGACGGAAGCCACACUGAAAAAAGCAAACGUCCCCAAGACAACUGUAUAGAAGAGAAACAGCCACACUCUUACUUAAGAGAGGCGAACAGCCAUAAUGGAGAGGAAGGUAUGGAUCUUACUUUAUAUUCCUCCCUUCACCAGAAAUCAAAUUUUGGACGGACUCAAAAUCCUCCCCAGUCUGGACCCCACAAAUAUGGCCACCCAGAGUCAACAUAUGGCUCAGAUUUGUCAGCGAGGAACAGAGGCAGGGCUGGAAUGGAAUCAAAUUCCAGAUACUUAGGGUACCAACAAUCACAAUCUGGUUAUGGUCCUGUGCAACAAAAAGAUUCUGGUUCUGUAGCAGAGGCUUUGGUUAAAAGAGGGCAAGGAGCAGGGUCAAAGGGUCAUGAGGAGAACUCCCAAAUGCAGCAAUUUCCAAGCCUUUUACAAGAGGUUCUUCAAGGUUACAAUUUAGACAGACGUUACAGCAGACCUGAACAGGCAUUUCCUGCACAUCUACAAGGCCAACAACAAUUUCAAAGCAGACACCCGUAUAACAUGACUGAUGCUAUGAGGAUGCAAAGUGGAGUUAGUGAAGCUUCGGCUCAUUCUGCCCAAAUUGGAAGCUCUGGAAAGCACCCACAUCCAAACCAGAGGCAUGGAAAUGAGCCUGAUUUUAACACAGAUCCCCAGUCUUCAGUGAAGUCAGAUGUGUCCAACAGUAAGAUCAUGCUGAAUGCUGAAAAAGCUGAAGUGGGUGUGACCCAGAGUCAUUUACCACAGGCUACAGAACCUCAGCCAACUCCAACAAAACACAUAAACUUAGCUGACUAUUCUCUACCACAGAGAAAAGCUUUAUCCAGUGUGUCCACUCCAUCUUCUGCUGUUCAGGAACUCCUUUUGCAAGAGCCAGAGCCACUAUCAGGAGGCAUUGGUCCAACUGAGUCCCAAAAAUCAUCAGGCUGCACAUUAGCCCCAUCAGAGCGGCGUUCAGUUAUCUGUGAUGUGUCGCCAAACAGACGCAGCACACCAGAGAGGGACAGAGAGAGAGAGAAAAGUCAGAGUGGAGCCUCUGUGAUACAACAGCCAUUUUCCUCUCCAGCAGCAGCCAAUGAUCUGAGUAAAAAAGAUAUUGGGGAGAAACCAGGGGUGAAAAUUGAAACGGCAUCAAAGGAGGCGAGCGCAGAAUCUGCAAAUUUACAAACUGACCAUCAUAGUAGUGGUGGAGGUAAUGACGCUGAUAUGGAGUAUCAUUCCAAGUCUGCUCACUCAUCUGGUGUAAUUAAUGCUGACCCCUACAGGAGAGGUAAUGCUGACAUAACACACUUGCCUUCUCAUCCUAUGAGCACUAAUCCUUUAUCCUCACCGUCGAGACAUCCGUCCUAUCUUCACGGGGUCGAUUUGUCAGCUGGCAGUGGAAGCACUUUUCCUGGAUAUCGAUAUGGAGAUACAAGAGAAGGCAAUUUGAUGUCCCGCAGUAACCCCCAUUUCCCCCCCCACCAUCCUUAUCACAGUUUAUCCCCCCAGACUCAAUCCCCAAGUAAGCUGCAAAUAUAUCCUCACCCCCGUGGUCCCCCUCACCACCCGCAUGAAAUGAGUGACUGGGUAAAAGCGAUGAACAGACCAUCAAAGGAGAUGAUGAUGCAGCCUGGUUCAUCACCAGGGCGACAUAAAGUCAGCCAAUCAGAGCACAGACAGAGGAUGAUCUCUCAAACUGACAUGCCCGGUGAUCAACAUGCAACCAAAACGUCACUCCAUCAUCAAAGCCCGUAUUUUGAUUUAAAGAUGUGGGAGUCAACGCACGCUGUAAGAGAAGGCAGCAGAAUGAUGGAGGGUGACUCCUACUACAGAACACAGCCCCCUCCCCCCCCUCCUCCUCCUGCUGCGAUAGCUUCUCAUGGUCCUGCUCCUCCACAGCUGACUCACAGCCAAAAUGCUGCUGAACCUGAGGCCUCCAGGGGCGCCAUAGAGGAAGCCAAACAGCCUUGCCCACCCCCUCGUCCCAGCUCUGCUAAGCCUUUAGCCGACAUGAACUCCACUCAGCCAAAAUUGCAGCGUCAAACUAAAGGUGGGGGUUCAGGAGACACAAAUCCGUUAAUGUUGCGACGGAGGGUCCGUUCUUUUAUCUCUCCAAUUCCCGCCAAAAGGCAUCUCCAGGAUACGUCUCAGCAGAGGGCCGCCACCAAUUCUCAUCACUCCCCUGUGGCUCAGACUGAGUCUAGCCAUCACAAUGAAGAUGACUCAGCAAGUUCAGACACCCCUUGUCCUCGGCUUUCUUCUCCUCUGCUCGGAGAGAAUACCUUUUCACAAUCUCUCUCUCCAACAGGUGGUAACACCAAGGUUUUGCCAACCCGUAAAGGCCGAGGUUUGAAACUGGAGGCGAUAGUGCAGAAAAUUACUCCAAAUAUUAAGAAGCCAACAGGCCACACUGAUGACGAGUCAAAUCAUUACCCAGGUUUCUCUCCACCCUUUAAUGAUUCACAGGACCAAGACUUAGCACAUUUCCCGAGGGUGGCAGGAGGGGAUGAUAGUUAUAUGGAUGAAAGUCACUCAUUAAACGACAUGAUUCCCUUCAGAGGAGUUGACGACGCCGGACCUUUAACUCUGUCUGCCUUCCCCUGUGACCCUACUCAGGCAUCCCAAGCACUAAAACAACAAGACUUUGACUUUGGAUUAGGAGCAGCUGUGGCUUCAGCAUCAGGAGACAAGGAGGACUUUGCUCUGCUUGGACCUUUACCACCUCCUCCUCCUCUUCCACGACCAGUCCAAGGUUCUCCACCUCCAUCUUCAUCUGCCCUGUCAGACAUUCAACAUUUCACCAACACGUACCAACAGCUUGAAACGCGUAGAGGAGAGCAGUCUGCUGCUAAUCUUCUCCGACAGAAACUCCAAGAAUCUGGUAUAGGGUUUGAUGAUUAUCCUGGAAGCGACUACUAUGGCACAACGCCGCCCCACCACAACCAGGCUCAAGGACACAUGCUGAAUAGACAGCAUCAGAUGUCCUCUAGUAGGUCCAGUCUGUCGCCACAAGAUUCUAAACAAUCAGAUAGCCUCGUGCCUAAAGGCUAUUUCCCAUCUGGCAAGAAAAAGGGCAGGCCUGUGGGGAGCGUGAACAAACAAAAACGGGCCCAGAACCCAGCCCAAGCACAGGCGCAAGGUCAGUCUCAAACCCAGGGCCAGAACAUGACCAUGAGUGCUCCUCCAGCCUCACUGACUCCAACUCCAGCUGAUACAACACCUCCUCCGUCAGUGCAGACCAUAGGCACCUCAGUACCUGUUGUCCCCCCUCUUAUUGACCUUCAAAACACUCCCCCGCUUGCACCACCUGUUUUGACCCAGGUAGUUAAAGUAGAUGUUGAAAGUGAGGACACACAGCCAGAGGUCGAAGUGAAACCUGCAAGGAGGAGACGCAAAGGUGUGAAAGAUGAAGACGACCCGCUAGAGGCAAGAGGUCGUCAAAGAAGGAGGAGGAGAGGAGCCACAGCGUCGACUUCAAUAGCUAAAGAUGACUCAGAAAAUCUUUCAGGGGCAGGAGGGAACCUCAGUGCUAGUAGAGUACUUGUGGAUCCAAACAGGAAGGGUCCGUUUAUUCCGCACAUACAUGUGGAGAAAAAAGUACCAGAGAUUGGGGCAGUGUGUACUAUUGUAAAUGCUGAGGAAGAAAAGAUGAAAGGGGAGCGUAGUGCAGUCGGAGGGAAAGCGAGCGGGAGUGGAAUUGAUUCUCUCCUGACCUCAGCGCUUUCCUCCCAGUUAUCUCGCAGAGACAGAGAGACAGAGAAAAGGGAGACAGACGAGGUGGAAACAACACUUCAGUCAGGGAAAGCACUCCCUUCAUCUGGCUAUGUUGUUUCAGGCCCUGUGAUUACAGAGACCAAUCACUCUGGUCGUCUGCUUUGCUGCCUCUGUCAGAAAUGGGCAAAUUACAAACACCUCGGAGAUCUCUAUGGGCCCUUCUAUCCAGCUGAAUACGCAGCAAAGCUUCCCAAGAAUCAGCCCCAAGUCAGACAAUGUCUAGCAACCACCGGCACAAACAAAAUGGGACCAAACUCAGACAUAAGCUCAAACUCUUUGAGCUCUUUCCAAGACACACAAACACAAGACACUCCGUUCAACAAGCCCUUCAAUGAGAGUUACUAUUCCAUGGGAUUAGAUUCAAACCCAGCACCUUUUGCCUCUUCAUUUAGAACUGCCUCAGUAGCCUGUAGAGAGGAAAUGAUGAUGCAUAUGUCUGCUUGGUCCUGCCCCACCACCAGUAAAACACCAUCCCUCUCCUGGGACAUGAACCUGGACAUCAGACCCAUACCUGAGCUAAAGAGAGAGCCAGAUCUCGAAAUCGACCAACAACAGACUCAAAAGCAGAUUCACCAGCCGCCAGACGAAGCUCAACAACGACCUCAACACAGAAAGCUGACCUCACACCCUCGCUUCAAAAGGAGGCACAAAUCGAGCGAGGAUUCCCCCAGAAUGGUGCCAUCCAACAGCAAAGCCUCCCUGCCCUUCCAGCCCCCUCCCCCAGCCCUGGACUCUCUGGGACCCCUGGCACAGCUCGCACAGCUCCCUCAGAUGCCCAUGGACCCGGAGGAGCUGUGGGUCCACGAAGGAUGUAUAGUAUGGACCAGUGGAGUGUACCUUGUCAAUGGGAGGCUGUACGGCCUGCAGGAGGCACUAGAUGGCGCCAGAGAAACAUGCUGCUCCUACUGUGACAUGGUGGGGUCGACCCUGGGCUGCUACAGUAAAGGCUGCACACUUCGCUACCAUUACCUGUGCGCUAUCGAAGCAGAUUGCUCUCUGAAUGAAGAUAACUUCUCACUGCGGUGUCCGAAGCACAAGGUAAAGGAGAGUUUACCCAGAGCAUCCGGCCACCCAAGUCCGUUUACCUGGAGCAGUCAGAGAGAGGCUGAGAGAAACACAGAGGAAGAAGAGAUGCAGGAGUCGUGGAGCUGUUGGUUUGGACAUUAAAAAGAGAUGUGUUUGUGAAGCAGCCCCAAAUGUGAAAGGACAUGACUGACAUCUGUGACGGAGAACAAACAAAAAGGAAUGUACAAUUUCUCAAACGGAAUCAGCAUUAUUUACUUUGAAGAACACAGAGAAAAGAAAGCUUUUUUUUUUUUUCUAAAAGAAGUAUUUGCUCUGUACUUACAAGCAGAUAAAGAAAAAAAGACAUGGACGUGCAACUCAAAGGAACGGAUCUACACUUUAAAAAUAAAAAAAUAAAAAAAUUAAAAGAGACGUCAGGACUGACAGAGGAGCUAUAGGAACUUUCCUGUAAAGAACAAAAGAAACAAACUCCCUCUCUGGGCUCACGUUGGUUUCCCUCAAAGUGUUAAACGCAUCAUAUCAUCAUUAUUUUUAUAUUUUCUUUGUCUUUUCAUCGUUCUGAAGAGGAGUUUCACGAGCAAGUUUGGAAGAAGAGAUUUUUGUAUUUUAUCUUAUAUUAGGAUGACCACAAGUAUUAUUAUUUUAGUCCUCAUUAUUAUUAUUAUUUUGUAUCCUCGUCGUUAUUUACUCAUGAAAAUGAAAUGGAUGUAUCUGACUUUAAACACAAUAUCGGAUUUUUUUUUUUUUUCAUUCCUGGAGAGGGGGGGCGGAGCCAGAGCGACGUCGUCUGGAAUGUCAGGGUCGAAGUUUGCCACAAAGACAUUAUUGCCUUGGAGAACGGACAUUUGUUGCCUUUCAAAACAGUCCCGUGUGCGAAUGGUUAGCGAGCAAGCGACCGUGUGUGUGUGUGUGUGUGAGUGUGUGUGUGUGCGAGUGUGUGUGAGUGUGUGAGUGUGUGUGUGUGUGAGUGUGUGAAGAUAUCUGGGUCUUUGAUUCCAUGUUUUGGUCCUUUUAAAAAGUGUUCUUAUUUUUCAUCGCUGGGGUUUUUACGGUACAGAUAGUAUUCACGGAUAUUCAGACGGACACAAUCUUAUUUUUCAAGUACAAAAAAUGUUUGUUAAGUUGCGAGGACGACGGUGUUGUGAGAGGAGGAACAAAAACACUACGGACUUAUGAGUGUCGGCCAUCUUUAACUGUAGAAGAUGACGGACGUGACGCUGAGGAGCAAAGGAAGCUACGUUUAGCUGACAGAAGUCGAAGCUGAAAACACUUUGGAGAUGGUGUCAUAGAAACGGCUGUGAUUGGUCGACCGUUCCGGCCAAUCCAAAGCGAGCCUUACCAAGUACUUUUUGAAUGAUUUCAUCCUUCAGCGAGCGAUUUGAUUGGACGAAAACUAAAUCCAUUCAACAGAAGCAUUGCCAUGAAAUUUAAAAAACACGGAGUCGUACAUGUUGUCGUAUCAUUUUUUAUUGUUAUUCUUGUAAAAAACAAAAAAAAAAAAAGCUGAGCAGAAGACAGUUACACUAUCAGAAACCAUGCUGUAUCAGAAACCUGUCAAUAUGUAUAUGAAAUAUGAAUACACAGAAAAAAUGCUUCAAGAA